GCAAAAUGAUAAAUGAUAAGAUAACGAACCCAUACCUUAUAGAUAACUCAUUGACUACUCACUAGUUUGAACAUGAAGUUUUUGUUUGUACACAUUUAGAAAAAUGGAAAAUCCAACUCUUACCGACGCCAGACAGACCGACAGGGUCGAAAACCGGACAGAAGAUUUACAUCUGGACAGGGUUGUCGCUUCACAGCCAGAAAUUGGACCAACGCCACCUGACGGUGGUUACGGUUGGUUGAUAGUUGUAUCUGCGGUGAUUUACCACAUAACAGUGCCUGCAGUGUUAACAUUGUACGGAUUAAUCAUAUUGAAGGCGAUCAGAGAAGAGGGCCAUGAAAAAGAAGAAUUGUUGAAAAUAUGGGACGUAGACAUAGCCCUCGUACCAGUAAUUAUGGUUGUCAUAAGGUUACUCUUGGAGUCAUGGUGUCGAGCGAUCGUGAAGAUAUUCAACAUGCCGAGGUUCAUGGCGCUUGCCGGCUUAUGCCUGACGGUAGCCGGCAUUCUGCUCUCUAGCUACUCCACUGAUGCCACAACCAAUGACCACAUUGUGAAUAUAUUCUCUGGCAUAUUCGCAGGUAUCGGCUGCGCAUUAACGGGUCAGCAAACAGAGGUCAUCAUAACACACUUCUUCAGGGAAAAACUGACCAUGGCUCAGAGGAUAGUCCGGAUGGCUCCUUCAGUAGGAAAUUGCUUGAUACCAAUACUAGUCGGCUAUCUUUGCACGGUAUACACUGGCGACAUUGUAGUCAUGAUCUACGGUGCUAUUGUGAUGCAAAACUGUCUGUUUUUGGCCUCAUACACUCGUCCUAUUUACAUCGAGAAAGUUAUCCGACACACUUACAAUAUGCUAAGAGAGGCAGUUGAAGACGAAGAUGAAGUUAUAUUUUCUAAUCAAGCUCGUGUUUCGAAUGAGAGGCAACAGUCAAGACAAACGAAUAACAGUUCGAUUAAUAACGAGCCAUUACCUAGCAAUGCGCAAGAGGACGACGGUACAGAUGUUGUUGUAUUCAAAUCAAAUAAAAACGCUAAAGAAAUCAUCGAUCCUGUCAUCCAACAUAGAGAAAAUAUUAAUCAAGCACGAUUUUCUUCAGAUUUCACUAGCGUGGUUGAAGGUGGCAAUACGAAUCGAUUCUCUUCCGACUUUGGAAACUCGAACAGGUUCUCAAGUAACUUUGGAUCACUAGAGAUAGGUGAUUACGAAAGAGUAACCGGUUACCAAGAACUGGCCAGUAUUGAAAACGACAGUCAGAAUCCACAACCACUUUAUAGGGAGACUACAGUUGAAGCAGUUCAGAAUAACUUGGUUUUUGCUGUGGAAAUGACCCCUGGGACGGCUAGAAGAACUGCCUCAAUGAAAAAGAACUUUAUAACUAUCACGAACAUGUUACUCGAUGUGAACUUUUAUUUAUACGCCUUACUGCAUUUAUGUACUACGUUCUCGAUCAUGAUAUUGGGCGUCGUAUUCCCGCCGUUGAUAUGGGAACAAAAUCCGAACAUGAAUAUUUGGUCGGUGUCAACGCUGAUAGCUGCGGCACACGGAUCAGCGCUGUGUUUCAUAAUGCUUUGCGUUGUGCUCCCGAAAUCCAUCAAUGAAAAGGCGAGACUUUGUGCCGCGUUUUGCGUUGCUGGAGCUGUGGGAUUUUAUGGUAUUACACUAUCCAAUAGUAAAAGUCUACUAGUCGUUUGGUGCAUGCUAGCUAGCUUCUCAACAGCCGCCUCGAGCAUCCUCGAGCAGCCCCUGUACAACAGCACGCUCAAUGACUUUGACACUACCGCGACGAUGACAGCUUCCAACACGGUUGUCGCCAUUUUCAUUAUGAUUUGGUCAUUAUCGUUUAAUUACGAAUAUAAAACAUGUUUCUUAACAGCUAGUGUGCUUCAAACUGUAACCGCUUGUAUGUUUUUCGCGUUAUCUUUUAGAAGAAGAAGAUAAUAUUGUGAGAAUAUAAAAUAAAAUAAAACUAUUAUUAUUUAUAAAUUUCAAUAGCGACUGAAAAAAAAAUUAAGUAAGAAAAUAUUAUAUGUAGACGGCAAAAACGAUAAAAAAAUUAUUACCUACUUAAUUAAAAAUUGGUUAAGCCUUUCACUAUUAGCACUAUCGUCUUCAAUUUAAUUAAUGACUUAUUUCAUACAAUUGGUUUCUACUGGGUACAGCAAAGUGACCAGCAUAUUCCUUUGCACUCAAAAAUAUAAACAUAUUGUCACAUAAAAUUACCAAUGUAUAUUUAUGUGAAAUACCUUUGUAGUUAACUUAAAUUGAAAUUGAGCGCAGUCACUUUUGAUAAAGGAAAGUUAUCUAUAACGGUUAUUCUGCCGGACUUAUUUCAAAAUAACGUGAUAAAUGAUUCAAGCAAUAAGCAAUAAGGGAAACAAUAACCGUAUAUUUGAAUCACAUUUAUAAGAAUUUAUUAUGUCGGUAAAACAGUGUAACUAAUUAGGAUUAUUCAUCCAAUUAAAAAGCGUAGCGUAUCUAUUUGUUGUUAAUGAUGAUGGAUAUCGCACUCAACUUGAGUAUAUUACUCAAACUAAAACCGUAUUGUUCAUUAUUUUUUUAAACAAAACCUUGGAAACACUAAAUAUGUGAAUUUAAUUAAUAUAUUAAACUAAUAAUUAUUUAUAGAUAUUAAUACUAUUAUUUUUAGUAUAAAAACCGGAAAAUGACCAUUCCCGCGUUCUUUUUAUAUUAAGUAAUUUUAAUAAGUUUAGCUUUAAGAUUUAUAAUCGACAGUUAAAAGGGGUUGAAAUAUUAUUAAUUUAAAUGAAGAAUGUAACCCUACAAUAUUUCUUUAUAAUCUGUAAAAAAAAGUAUAGCUUUUUAACAUUUUUAUAAAUAAAAAUUAUGUUUCGCUUAUUA